CUGUUUGCAUUUUUUAGCUGAGAAUUUUGAGAUAAGCGAGUAGUGAAAUUGACUUGAGAGAGCGCCCAUUGUUACUGCACCUGGCAGUUAUUGAGCUCAAAAUAUUGAGCAGGCAGCCAUUGAUCUAGUCUAGGCGUUUUCUCGGGCAUAACUUGUGCUAGAGUAGGACUGUCACAGCUCGUUCUCUUCAGGUCUGCAGCUAGAAAUACCGCAGGAAUUUCCCAAGUAGCUAUCCACAAAGCUUUUCUACUUCUCGCCUUUAUUUCUUUCCCGAUAGUACGACACAAAAACCCGUCGCUGUUGACUCGGCCGCAAUACCGUGUUGCGUGCGACACGCUUCAAGCACACGUGCGUGUUGUAUUCUGUUGAUUCGUAGCUCUCCCAGGCAUCUUCACCCAUCCAGAAACGCUCGGCCUCCGCAACCCUCCGUCCUCCUCCAUUUUUGAGGCGCCUAAAAAUUAGACUGCCUUUUUUCUGCCGUUUAGCUCUCGCCGGCAUGCCUCAGCCGUCCAGAAACGCUCGGCCUCCGCAACCCUUCCUUCUCUUACCCCUCGUCUUCAUUUUCGUCCUCUCGUUACUGUCACAAUCUUCCGUUACCAUAGCCCGCUCCGUCCCGCGAAACCUCCACUUAGUGUGCGAGCCGGGAUGCCUGCACAACGGCACGUGCAAGCUGAGCCCGAAGAUCAAGGAACCCGAGUGCGAAUGCCAGCCGUACGAUCGCGACACCGGGCUGUACUUCCGCGGGAAAUCGUGUCAAACGGAGGCCGUCCGAUGCAACGCCACGUGGUGGUGCGAGAACGGCGGGAAAUGCGUCGCGAUGGGCGCGCAGGGGUUCCUCUGCUCAUGUCCGCACAAGUUUCAGGGCUCCAAGUGCCAGACGCCGGUCGUUGCCUGUGGCACGGGCCUCUGGUGCGCUAACGGCGGCGUGUGUGUGUUUUCAGAGGAGGCCAACGCCACCAUCUGCAAGUGCCCUUCCACUCACACCGGCGCCAGCUGCCAAACCCUAGUGGAGCCUCAAGACUUUGGCCCAUCGGAGCAGCUCCGAACGAACUUCACCUCGCCCCUCAUCAUUCCCUCCAACUCCACCCUCGACUUUCUGGUCGACGAGCGCGACAAGUACUUCCACACCUUCUUCGCGCUCCUGGGCGCGCUGGUCUUCGUGUGGGUGGUGUCGCUCUGCUUCGUCUACCACUCGCACGAGCGCAGGCGAGCCGGCAGGGCCAUUGCUGUGGUUGGGGUGCUGGAAGCACCCCCUCCUUCCCGACUGGACAAGCAGCAGCAGAGGCAGCAGCAGCAGAAGCCGCUGAAGCACAAAAAGAAGCAGCAGCAGCAGCAGAAUGGGAAGGUAAAUACUCAGGAGGAUGAGCAGCAAAAGCACCUGCACCAGAAGCACCUAUCCGGGGAGGAUCUAGGCUCAUCUGAAGCCCCCUUGGUCACCACUUCCUCUUGCUCCUCUGCUGGUCUCACUGCUGUGCCCAUUCGCCGGAAUCCCAGCAGUGGGGUCAAUUCAAGUGUCACAGGUAUUGCCGCUGGCAGCAGUAGCAGCAGUAGCACCAGCUUUGGUGGUGGUGGUAGUGGUGGUGGUUCCUAUGGGGGUCAUAUGUUAGGCUCUCACAACUUUCAGCAUCAUCAUCAGCAGCAGCAGCAGCAUGGUUCUGGUUAUGUGCCUCCCGAAAUUAUGCAGGAUGUGGGAAAUGAAAGUGGUGGGGAUAGGAGGGGAGGGUACAGUAGCGGUGCAGUCAGCAGUGCAACAGAUGCAGAGGUGGCGGCGCUCUUUGCAGUGCCACAAGAUUCACCAUCUAUUGCUUCACCGUCUACCGCUUGCCCAGCUGCCGUCCUCCCAGCUGUGGCAGAAGCAACUGCAGGGGAUGCUUCUGGAGAAAAUGCAGCAGCAGGAGCAGCAGCUGUAGAUCUUGAAAAUAAUUCACAAGCUCUGCUAUUGAGCUCACUCUCCUCGCUCAUUCGAGCAGUAGAUUCGGGCAGCCAAAUGGGCGGCUCGGAUUCCAAGUCAGAGGUACUAUCAGUGGUGAUGGAUUCGCUGCCAGGGGGCGGAGUGGAGGAGGACGAUAUGGCCGAGGAGCUGCUGUGCAGGGGUGAGGAGAGCAGUGGUGGUGGGAUGAUCAAGAGUUCAAGAAGAAAACGAGCAGGUACAGGGGACGAUGUUAGGCUUCUGUUUUGAACUACAAUGGUUUACACCUUGAACGACUUAAUUUGAUAUUUAAUAUGAAAUACAGUAAGACGUCAAUU